AUGAUCUCUGGUGAAGAAGAAAUACAAACCAUCGAGAAACUUGAACAAGAUGAGCUAAGAGCUCAGAUGAAGCUUUCAAUGUAUGCUUCUGUCACAAAUAUAAUUCCUUACUUCAACAACCUAUCGAAAAUAUGUGGCUAUAUCGUGGCAAGAGAUAAGAAAGUGGUCGAGAAGUUUGAGUUCGAUCAGUCAGAGAUCACUUCCUUCGACACAUGCAAUGACAUUUGGAAGAUGUUAGAGUUGUGA